CUGAGGCGCAGUCGAGAAGGAGUCCAUCAUUUCCCCUGCUUAGGCGUCGUUUCGUUAUAGCUCGGCGGAUCUAUCUUUUCUCUUCCACCCCUGGAGGCAUCGAAGCAGACAGGAGAGCAGGGCAGUGUUGAGUUGAGUUGAGGUCGUCUCGUCGGAGGGUGAAGAAAUGGCGUCCGGUUGGGGGAUCACAGGGAACAAAGGCAGAUGCUACGAUUUCUGGAUCGACUUUAGCGAGUGCAUGUCUCGUUGCAGAGAGCCCAAGGACUGCACUUUCCUACGCGAGGACUACAUGGAGUGCCUCCACCAUUCCAAAGAGUUCCAGCGGAGGAACCGGAUUUACAAAGAGGAGCAGCGAAAAAUACGAGCUGCUGCCAGAGAAGCUAAGGAGGGUGGUGGUGGUGAAAAGCAUAGCCUCCACGCGUAGUGUUUCUUGAUUGUUUUCUGAUAACUUUUGGCAAAUAAAGAAUGUGAAACGAGAUGUUGGUGGUAUUGUUCUAUUGCGGCACACUUGAGCUUGUUCCUGCGAACUGGUUUUUGAUUUUAUACUGAAUGGAGAGCUGCGAGGAUGCUUUGCUUUCUUUAAAUAUCGUGCAAUAAUGUUGUGGAUUAUUAC